AUGUCGACCGCUAAGAAACAGGUGAUAAACAGGCACCUCGAGGCCGCCGUGAGAUCCUUUCGGGCUGCAUGGAACGACGACUCUAUUCUGGGGGAUGCGAAGGCUUACGUGUACAGCGUCGCCGUCCCCUACGUGAUGCACCCGGCGGUGGCGCUCAUGGGCUUGCACAACCUCGGGUUCCUUGCCGCGAACGGCAUCAAGGCGGGCGUGAGGUCGUCGGGGGCGAAGGUGACCAACUUCGGGUCCUUCUUCUACCACGGGAAGAAGACGGGGAAGUCCAAUUACACGGACUUUGUCUUCCAGCACGGGGAGGAGUUCGAAGUGGACGUCAACGACGCGGCAUGCAGGCUGAUCCACAACCCGCCUGCUCAGGCGGACGGCGUGCCUUCGGACCCCCCCACCACCACGAACAUCAUAUUCAAGAACGUGGGGCCCGAAGAGAUGAUGGCUCAAGCAGACCCGAAUAAGUUUGGGCGCGGGUGGUGGUCCGCCAUCCGGGCAGAGGCGGAGUUCGGGAGCCACUGCGAGCAAGUGAAUCUUCUCGGCUCGGGCGGCGCCCAGAAAAAGUACGAGAACCAGGCGGGGUACAACGACCUAUUCGACGACGGCAUGGCCUCGAAGCUCUACCGCGACGCGUCGAAGAACUACGGGAAGGACGUGUUCGCUAACUGGAAGCGCCGGGUUCUCCAACGGCAAGAAGUUCGCACCAUGGGGUUCUACCACACUGGGUGCAUGAACUUCCAUGACGCGUGCAAGCUCCUCUGCGAGGCCGAAGGACACCAUUCCAUGGCGUUGCUGGACCGGUAUUGCGCCAUGCCGCUGAUUCCGGAGAAUCCGUACGCGGACCCCCCGGACGGUUUCGAUCCCCCGGAGGUUGUCAAGAAGGCAGACGGGGAGUUGCAGCGCGACGCGCACGGAUUGUGGCGCAGGGACAAGCUGCCUGCCCCGAGGAAGGAAGUGCUUGACGGCAUGAGGGCGGUCAAGGAUUUCGUGGAGAGCAACCCCAACGCUGUGGCGCGCUUCACGCCCAAAGGUGCAGCUCUGUAUCGCCUGGUGGACAGCGUUAACUGGAGCGCGGCCGACCGUCUUCAGUACGUGGAUGAGGACAAAGCCGCCCGGCUUCGCCAGCUGCAGCGCUUCCUCUACGACUUCGCCAUUGCCCAGCUGCUGCUUGAAGUCCAGAAGGCUGCCUCCGGUCCCGCGGGCCCAGCGGGCGACGCAGCCGACGCUGGCGCGGCGGCUGCUCCGGGCGCGGUUGCCACUCGCCCCACGGUGAAGGACACGUUCGUCGACGAGCAGCACGUCCAGCGUGCAGUUUGCCACUUGGCUGCGAUCUGGGAGGGCCACGAGUCCUUCGUGAACCCGCGCCGCACCAUGUAUUUGGAAGAGAACGUGUGGCGCGGCACGUUGGCUGAGCAGCGAGAGGCGGCGGCGCGGGCCGCGGCGGAUGAGGGCGCCGAUGACGUGGAGGCCGAAGGCGUCGCGGGCGCCGAGAGCGGUCUCGAGUUGCCGGCGGGGUGGUCGCAGAAUGUGUGGAACGGCACUCCGUAUUAUUACCCCGACGCCGACGAGCGCGCGUGGCAGUAUGAGCACCCGUCCACCGUGCCGACCCCGCCUGUGCCGCGGAUCCCGCAGGGCGUCGACGAGUACGUCUUUGUGGGGAUAAUUGAUGCGGGCUUGAAGUCUCGCAUGAUCGCCGGAGUUGACGACGCGGAGGUUACGUGGGGCGGCGGCGACCUGAUCGCGGCCGCCUGCAAGAACACGCUCCUGUGGAAAUGCUCCACGGCAGAGAACCGCAUCACCGGCAACAUGGUUUCCGCCGCCAUCCGGGCGAGUCAGGUCGCUUGGCCGUCGUUGUCCUGGUGGAAGUCCGUCGUGGUCGAGGGCGAGCUCUUGCAUGCGGGGCUGGGCCGGAAGUCUGACCACAAUGCCGGCGGGGGGUUCUGGGAGAAGCCCAAAGUCCCGAUUGAUGAAGAAGAACUCACUGCCUUCGUGGACCUGUUGGCGCAAUGGGGAGUUGCCCUAGAGGAUUACGAGCGUGCUUGGGUCACCGGCGCGGCUGCUUCCGGCGCCCGCGCGCAGGCCGGUGCGCGCGCCUGCGCGCGCGGCGGCGCCAGGUGGCCGUGCGAGCGAUUCGCCUGA